CGGCGGCCCGCUCAGCCACCGUUCGUCGUGUGUGGCCCUACAGCUCUCCAUCGGACUGGCCUACCUGGUCACUCUGAGCCUGUUUCCGGGAAUUGAGAGUGAGGUGCACAGCUGCCGGCUCGGCUCGUGGAUGCCCGUCGUGCUGAUGGCUAUCUUCAACGCCUCGGACUUCAUCGGAAAGGUGCUGGCCUCGAUACCCUACGAGUGGUCUCGAACCCAGCUCGUGUCAUUCUCGGCCCUCCGUUUCCUCCUGAUCCCUCCCCUGGUUCUCUGCGCCGCGCCCCGCUCCGACCCUCUCCUCUCGUGGGAGGGAUGGCCUAUGCUGUUCAGUCUGCUGCUGGGUCUGAGCAAUGGACUGGUGGGAAGUCUGCCAAUGAUCCUGGCACCCAACAAGGUGGCCGAUCAGAACCGGGAGCUAUGUGGUAACGUGAUGACCAUCAGCUACUCGCUGGGCCUCACAACGGGCUCCCUGCUGGCCUACGGGCUGGAUGCCCUGCUCGGUCCACCCGUCUACAGUACCUGCGGCACCCUCAACAUCACAGAUCUGUGUCUCACAGACGGGUGUCAGCCGCUGCUGCUAGCAGGAAAUGGAACACGGCUGCUCGGAUAGGCUGGCAGACGAGGGCGGAUAAGAUUGCUGGAAUGAGAUAGCGUAGCUCGGAUAAGCUGGGAGAUGAAGGCGGAUAACAUGGGAUGAGAGAGCGUAGGGGUUGGAAUGGUUGAAAUGUGUUGAGAGAUAGGAUGAGCGGGAUAGGGCUGAUAAGAGGGAUAGGAUAGGAUGAGAUGGGAUAGAAAGGCUGCUUCGAUGAGCUGAUGGUUGGCAAGAAGUCAUAGGCCAAGCUGUUGGGUGGGGCCCGGCUUCUGGGAUGAAACAGUGACGGAAUGCGUUAUUCGAAUGAGCUAAGGGAUGGAUAAUGACUGCCCCAAGAAUGAGUGAUUUGAGCUGGCUUGAGCUGAGUUAGUGAACCGGAUUGUUCGACGGAGAAGGGCUUAGGGAUGGUUAACUAUCGGCUUAGAUAGGUUAUUUGCUUGCCAGUAUGAGCUGAGGGGCUAGGCUGAUCUUCUGGGGUGACAAGUAAAGAUAAUGUUUUAUAUGUAUCUUAGUUAUUGUUGUUUACAUCUUUUAUGGUUGACAUUUUGGUUGUGUUUUCAACAUAUCAAGGAGGAUAGUAUGUAGUUGAGUAAGUGCAAUGGCUUAACAUUUUGAUGCAGUUCUCUCGGAAUAAGUAAGUAUAGCCUACCGAGUCGUUUUCAUGAUCUCAGCGCCAAUAAAUGCGCAGUGAUAAAAAAUAUCGUGGCAAGGUUGGUAACGCAAUGAAGCAUAUCGCUGUUAAUAAUUCAAUGCUAGAGAAAGACGAGACUUUAUUUAAAGUCAAGUGAUAUGCGUGUGAUGUGCGGUGUACUGAGGCGUGUAGUAGUAAUUCGGUAACAGUAAUGUUUCUUCAGAUGUUUCUUCUCUUUGUCGAAUGCCGUCAGCUUUUAAUUUAUUCUUGUCGCACUGGCUGUUGAUUGGUUUGUUCACGUGCCCUGGCACGUAGGAGGAAUUAUUUCGUAUCCUGUCCUCGGCAAAACGAUGCAGUCGUGAGGUUCAUUGAUUCAUGAGCCAAAAUGGAAGCAUCUCUGUCCGUUAGGGACCAAUUAGCCGAAAAUAAAUCUCUUAUAUAACAGACAAGCUAACCCAUUCAAUGAAUUUUAUGAAGCCAGGGUGUGUGCUUGUGGAUGCCUCUGUCAUUUGCUUUGUCCGAAUACUACUCUGAGUUGGAUAAUGUAUACAUACAUAGGUAUCUGUUCUU